ACACCUGAUUGGCAUCUGUGUGGCUGCAUGCGCGCGUCUCCUGGUCACAUCUCCAACCACGACGCGCCUUUGGCACCAUUCAAACACAAUCAGUGUCCGCUUUUACCACUUUUCCCUGCAUAAUUACACGGUUUUAAGGAUAAUCUUAAAAGGAGUGUGUUCAAGCACGAAGACGCGUCAAGUAGCAUUUUAUUUUGCAAAUGAAAAUGAUGUGAAAAGGUGUGGAAAUGCGUCGUAAAUGCCUCUAUCUGCUUCAGGUGUGUGUCGUGGCGAGCCUCCUGCCAUCGGCCUCUUCGCUAGAUCUGACAUGUGAAGCUCUGCUCUUGCUGUCGGGGAAUAUCUCAUUGCAGUCCCUGGCCGCCUCCUGGAACCAAACCCUGAGCAACACCACAAGCCAGUGGAGCGGUUCGGGAACCUACUGUGACACGUCCAUCGAUGGCAUCGGCACCUGCUGGCCCAGGAGCGGCGCCGGCCAGAUCGUGUCCCGACCCUGUCCGGAGAUGUUCUACGGCGUCAGAUACAACACCACCAAUAAUGUUUAUAGGAAAUGUCUUGCAAAUGGGACCUGGGCACUGAAAGGAAACUACUCCAUGUGUAAGGCCAUACUACACGAGGAGAAAAAAAGCAAGAUGCACUACCACAUUGCCGUGAUCAUCAACUUCCUGGGUCACUGCAUCUCGAUGGUAGCUCUGCUCAUCGCCUUCUUCCUUUUCCUGUGCUUGAGGAGUAUCCGCUGCCUGAGAAACAUCAUCCACUGGAACCUGAUCACCGCCUUCAUCCUGAGGAAUGCCACCUGGUUCAUCGUUCAGCUGACCAUGAGCCCAGAGGUGCAUGAAAGUAAUGUGAUUUGGUGUCGCCUUGUCACUGCUUCGUUCAACUAUUUCCACUCCACCAACUUCUUCUGGAUGUUUGGAGAGGGCUGCUACCUCCACACGGCCAUCGUCCUCACAUACUCCACUGACAAGCUCCGCAAAUGGAUGUUCAUCUGCAUCGGCUGGUGUAUACCCUUCCCUAUAAUAGUGGCGUGGGCCAUCGGCAAGCUGUACUAUGACAACGAGAAGUGCUGGUUUGGCAAGCGGGCCGGUGUGUACACUGACUACAUAUAUCAAGGUCCCAUGAUCCUCGUGUUGGUGAUUAACUUCAUUUUCCUCUUCAACAUUGUGAGAAUUCUCAUGACCAAACUGCGAGCCUCUACAACAUCGGAGACGAUCCAGUACAGGAAAGCUGUGAAGGCUACUCUGGUACUUCUUCCUCUACUGGGAAUCACCUACAUGCUGUUUUUUGUCAACCCAGGGGAAGAUGAGAUCUCUCAAAUUGUCUUCAUUUAUUUCAACUCGUUUUUGGAAUCCUUCCAGGGCUUCUUCGUGUCAGUAUUUUACUGCUUCCUAAACAGUGAGGUCCGCUCAGCGGUGAGGAAGCGGUUCCACCGCUGGCAGGAGCAGCAUUCGAUCAGAGCCAGGAUGACCCAGGCUAUGUCUAUCCCUACUUCACCUUCACGGGUCAGUUUUCACAGCAUCAAGCAGUCCACAUCCCUAUGAAAGAGGAUCCAGCUCUGUCCUGCACCAGCGCUGCGUGAGACACCUCCAGCUGUCAUUGUCAUCGUUUUCUGUCACCUCGCUAGCGCACACCAAAAGACUUUCUGAGCUGGCACAAAGCGCAGGACAGAGACUGCAUCAGUCUCCUAAAGCUCAGGAGGGACAUUUCACAGACUUUCUGGAGAAAAUGGACGGGGACGGGGACGGGGAAGGAUAUUGCAGACUUUGUGAUGUGAGAGGUUAGUGGAUCAAAAGAUACACGUGACCAAGCUGAUCUGUGUGUUUCAUUGUGAAUGUACAGCACUUCAUUUAGAUUAAUGUUAACGCCAUUAUUGCCAUAAAAACUGUUUAUUGUGUUUUUAUUUUAUUUUAUUUUGUCAUCAUCUUCAUCAUUAAGAGUUUGGACACUUGACUGCACUGAACUGGAGUCCGUCUCAGUGAGCGCCACACUGGCGCGACAGAGGCCAUGUCGGAUCUGUUCACGUUCACGUUCAUGUUUACGGUUUUUGUUUUCUCCGUGUGGUUAUUUCGAUGUCUUGCUUUCAGUGCGUAUGCUGAGCUCAGUACAGUUGUGCUACUUUCAACAACUUUCUGGGAAUGUUAAACACAUUCCUCCAUUUCUACCUGAAGAGUUUUGUUCCAGAAAAACCCAUCAGGAUGCAUCUGAAGCAUUAAAGGUGACAUGCUGGGCCCCUCUCUGACCUGCUGACAGUCCCAUCAGAUAUUAAUGAGACGCCUGGGACAUGCUCUGAUCAAAGCAGCGCAAACAAGCCGUUCCUCAGCUCUUUUUCAACAGUGAGUUUGCAGCUCUCCUCAUAGCACUUGUAUUAUGGGCUGGAGGCCUACUCCACUCCAACCCCACAACCUCUCCUACAAGGUGUGCCUAUUUGGA